ACGGGGAUUUAAAAGGGCGCGAAUCUCGCGCUGCGUGCUCGUGUUCCGGUUCGUGCUGGAGCUGCAGGGUUUCCGUAGAAACCGCCGUUCGCCUUUUCGCUUUCUGUUUUAAAAAUUCGCCGCAGCGCAGAUAACUUCCGAGUGAUUUCCUGGCUGUCGUUGAAGGUUUCCCAGUAAAAACAUGAGUGAUUCGGGCAAGGACACAGUGGCUCCUAAAGAGAAAGAUGGAGCAGAGAAGAGAGGUCGUGGAAGACCACGAAAAAACCCACAGCAGGAACCAAGUGGAUCUCCAACACCGAAGAGACCUAGAGGAAGACCAAAGGGCAGCAAAAACAAGCCUAGCAGUGCUGCAAGCAAGGGCAAAAAAGCAGCAGCAGCUUCAGCACCUGCAGGGACUAAACGCCGUGGAAGACCCAAGAAAGUGGAGAAGGAGCAGCCAUCUAAGUCCUCUGAAGAGGAGGAGGAGGAGGAGGAGGAGGAGGAAGAUGAACAGUAACUAGCAACUUGUGCUACCUCACAAUCCAAUGUUAUUUCUUCCUGUUGACCAGAGCUGGACUGAAACCCCCCC